GAGGAGAGGACUGAGUCGUAAGGUGAAAAUGGAAGAAGGCAUUGCUCCUUUUUUAGUGGCUUGAAAUGUUGUACUCCAUCAACCUUGUUAUUUCCACCUGCCACCUCUUCCCUGCAAUACGCCACGUGUCAUCUACCUCCUCCCUACACGUGUCCCUCAAACACAGUAGUGUUCUUUUAUUCAUUUCACCCGAAGCAGUUACAUUAACAGAAAUAGAAGAAAGAAAGAAAGAAAGAAAGAAAGAAAGAAAAGAUGAACAUUAGCACAAGCAGUAACUUGGAGACGCGGUCUCUGCUUGAUGAGCUCUGCAACUUCGACAAAGAGGGAAUGUUGGAUCUCGGCCACCCUCUUCUCAACCGCAUCGCUGAGAGCUUUCUCAAAGCCGCCGGUGUAGGAGCAGUGCAAGCUGUGUCGCGUGAGGCUUAUUUCACGGCCAUCGAAGGUUGUGGGACUGUUAAUAAUGGUGGGGCUUUACCGCCAGAAAUCACAGGUGCAAAGAAGAAGAAGACGCAGUGUUUUUCAGGUCUAAAAGGAGAAACCAGCUGCAAGUCCCUCGAGGCACUGGUGAAGAACACUGGAAAAGAGUCCUUGCAAUGGGGAUUGGCUGCUGGAAUAUAUUCAGGUCUUACAUAUGGCUUGAAGGAAGCUCGCGGAGCGCAUGACUGGAAAAAUAGUGCAGUUGCUGGAGCAAUCACUGGGGCUACACUCGCACUAACAUUGGAAGACUCAUCUCAUGAACACAUUGUGCAGUGUGCUAUCACUGGAGCUGCAAUCUCCACUGCUGCAAAUCUCCUCACUGGGAUUUUCUGAGUGGGAUGUUUUGUUCACAUUCGUUUUUAAUAUUAGUACCCUUUUCUUUCCCUUCUUGAUUCUUAGAGUUACUAGUACAUACUGCAAUGAUUUUUCUCUUAAAUUUAAUUUUUGGUUAUAAUUUAUAUUUCUUA